CGGGAAGAAGCGCUUCGGCGGCAGCAGCCCUGGGAGGGAUGAGGAAGGUGCAGGGAUCUGUGGGAUUUAAGAAUAUCUCUCCUAAGAAAAUUUGCUGCUUUUACAGCCUUCCGUCCUAGUGUGCAAUUGAUGGUUUCACUUGAAAUACCCAUCCGAAGAAACUUAACAGCAGGCAAGCUGUAGUUGCUUUUUAAAAAUGUUAAAAGUUCAGCACUGUGUAAUAGCUGAAAAGAUACCCAAGAAAAAGCCAUACACUUGUGACAUUUGCUAUAAACAGUUUGAAACUCCAUCAAAAUUAGCUAGGCAUUAUCUGAUACAUACUGGUCAAAAGCCAUUUGAAUGUCAUGUAUGCCAUAAAACAUUUAGGCAGCUAGUCCACCUAGAGAGGCAUCAGUUGACCCAUAAUCUGCCUUUUAAGUGUAUUGUUUGUUGUAGAAACUUCAAAAACUUAAUCACUUUCUUAAAACACCAGCAGCUUCAUAAUGAAAAUUACCAGAAUGAUACCAAGCAAGCAGAGAACUGCGUGAAUUCUGAGCAAAACAGGGCCACUUGUGGCAUAUUUCGAUGUUCUGUGUGCUGGAAAUCAUUUCCAACUAAAGAGAGGUGGGUGCUGCAUAGUUGUCUGAAGGCAGAUCAUCUAUGUGGUGCUAGAAGGAGAAAAAAACCUCAUGCUUGUGAAUCGUGUAACAAGAUCUUUCCAUCAAGAUCUAAGCUAGAAAGACACUUCCUUAUUCACACUGGCCAGAAACCUUUCAAGUGUUCCUCAUGUGGUAAAUCUUUCAGACAGUCAACACACUUGAAAAUCCAUCAGCUCACACACACAGAAGAAAGGCCAUUUCAGUGCGGCUUUUGUCAGAAGGGGUUUAAAAUACAGAGCAAACUUGUGAAGCACAAACAGCUCCAUGCCAGAAAUAAGACUUUUCCCAAUGUUGUAUACAAAGCAAAGACUCCUAAAUAUCCCAGACCACAUAACCUCUUGGAAGGAAAGAGGCAUAAUUUUGAGAAUGCUGAUACUUGCAAGUCACAGGAGAAUGACCCACACAAUGUUCACUCAAUUUACAUUGUACCCUUUCAGUGCCCAGCAUGUGAGCAGUGUUUUGAAACAGAACAGGUUCUGAGUUUGCACAGAUGUUAUCUCAGAGAUGGCAGAAGUUCAAACAACGGUACAACAGUGUGCAGCCGCACAGUCAGUGUGGGAAAUAAGAUCCUGAUGAAGCUGAACCAUACUGGAGGAAAGGCAACAGAUUUUUCUCUGACUGACAGAAGAAAAAUAGGUCACUUUAAAAGUCUUGGCCUGGUUACAUCUAAAGAUCAAUGUACUGAUCAGCAUACUUCCACUAAACCUUUCAAGGAUUGCCAUAGCAAGCUUGACAGGCACAAGGCACUAAGUAAUCAGAUGAAAAGAACAUUCGCUGUGCCAUUACCUUGUCAAGAGCAGCUGCAACCUCAUGACUUUGGAAUUAAUUUAAAAGGUAUGCUUGCUGGUGAAAGCAUGCUAAACAUUGAUGAUUCACCAAAUAAUAAAGGUGAUGAUUUUUAUGGUUCAUCAGAUGGUGGUUUCUUUGAUAAUCCAGAAGUACUUCAGCAUGCUUUCUCAGCUUCUGCUAAAAAUAUACGUAAUGGACACAAAGCAUGUAAAUGUGACAGAUGUGAAAAAAUCUUUCCGUCUUCAUCCAAACUUCAAAGGCAUUAUCUUAUACACACGGGACAGAAGCCCUUUGGCUGUAAUGUUUGUGGGAAGACUUUUAGACAGUCAGCUCACUUAAAAAGACAUCAGCUCACCCAUACUGAAAAGAGACCCUACAAAAGCCCCGUUUGCCAGGCAGAAUUUGAAAACCUGAACGAACUUUUAAAUUAUCAGGGAGAUCACAUUGAAUUUAAGCCUUCUCAGCCUGUGAGUUAUCCAGGUUAUUCUCAAACACCUUUACAGACAUCUGGCUUUCAAGAAUUUGAGCUGAUUCAGUCAAACAAAGCAGCUGAAAUCAAAGUUGAAAUCAACUCAGGAGACUCCGUUCUUGACACCAGAAGCAGAAACACACAGCCGUAUUUGUGUGGUAAAUUGUUGGAAGCAGAGCAAAGCUGUUACAGCUAUUGGCAGGAUUUUUCUGAAGGUACUGAAAAAAGUGAAGUUGUUAACAAAUUGUACCAAUGCAGUAUCUGCUUUAAAACUUUCAAAUCUCCUUCUAAGCUCGAAAGACAUUACCUAAUGCACGCUGGACAGAAGCCAUUUGAAUGUUUAGUUUGUGGUAAAAACUUCAGACAGGCCCCACAUUUAAAAAGACAUCACCUUAUUCACUUUAAAGACAGCUUAAAGCCAAGUUCCACUGAGUGACAAGCAGAGAAUGUAUCAUUUUUAUCAAAACUGGAUAAUGUCUUAUGAAAUUAUAUAUUAAAAUUUUUGUUGCAUAAUUCUUAAAAGUCUUAUGUUGGACCGAACAAUGGACUAAAGGGGACUAUCAUGUUGUGGAGAUGACCUGAUGAAGAGUUAAUUUUCUGUCUUCAGAAAUGUCUCCUUGAUAUAAUUUGUGAUGAAUGUGAGAAGGUGUUUAGAACAAAAAACCCCAUGCAACAGAAAAGCCACUUUGCAUUUAUUUUCCUAUAUUAAUUUUAAAAUACAUUCUUAGCCGCGAUCUGCAGUGCUCCAUGAAUUGGAUAUUUUAAAGGUUACACCUCUUCCUGUAUAGCAUUUUAUGCUUUAUUGCUGUCCAGUGAUAAAGUAAGAAAGUAAAGAUAAAAAGGCUAUUUCCAGAAUACAGGUUCUUUUCCUUUCUUCUGGUUCCUUGUAUCUUGCAACAAAGGACGCUUGCUGUAAUCAUUUCACACUUUAAAAAAAAAAAAAACAAAACCUCUUAUUUUUAGGUAAAAGAUUAAGAAAAAAUGAAAAAGGGAAAGGGGAAAAGUUUAAUGAGGAAAGAUGUUGAUGUGGCGUUAUAGAACAAUUAAGAGAAAAAAUGUAACUGCUCUGUAAUGUGCUUGGAGAUAUAUGGAUGAUGAAUUAGAUCUUUUCCCCUUUUAUAUGAUAAAAUAUAAGUAUACAGUGCUAAUAUAGCAGGGUUUAUAAUCAAUAAUCCAUUUUACCACUUCAUUAUCUCUGUUUUUUUGCAUAUCCUGUGCCUUUUCUAGCUUUUUUUUGGCCAUUCCAUACAAUACAGGACUAUUUUUUCUGCAAGAAAAGAGAACAAGAAGCUAUCGUUAACAUUACAAGUGGGUUUACCAUCUGUGUCAGUCUCCUUUCCUCUAGUGUACAUAUUGCACCAGUAAAGGAAAUGUUCUCCAAGAUGUGAUAACUCAGAGGAGCAAUUUUGCUGGGAAGUCAUGUUCUCAUUCCAUCAAAUGUAAGAGCCAAAAGAUUACUUUUAGCUCAAAUUAAGUAAUUCUGAUUUUGUAUUAAUAGAAUAUGUAGUUACACUUUCUGGUAAGUAGACAUCUUUGCCCAUUGUGCCAGUGGGGUUGGCGAAAAGUGGAAAAGCAGUGGAGCUUUAUUCAGUAUGAACAAGAAUGGAGUUUGGUUGGUUGUUUUUUUUUUUUUCCUCUGAAUAAACUACCUUGUAGGAUAUUUUCCUUUGUUGUACAACUUCUGAAUAGUUGAAACGUGGACUUCUUUAUCCUAUUUCUAGAUGAACAUAUUUGUAAAAUACAUGGCAUUCUUUUCACAAUUUAAAUAGAUCCAUAUUUAUUUAAGUAAAAUGGUUUUGAUAUUUAAAAAAAUAAGUGAUUUAUGUAGAUUUGGCUGUGGUAUAAAUAAACUGAAUGAUGAAGGGAGGUUUUUUUUUCAUACAUGUUAUUCUUUUUCAUUUUCAGAGAGAGUAAAACCAGGAAAGAUACUCAGAAACACUCUGUAGUUACUGUGAUUUUUGUAUGACAGAUGAAUUCAGUACAUUAGUAAUUACUGCUAUAUAUUGAGAUUUUUUUCUCCCUGGGUUAUUUCAUAUUGGCAGACAGAAUUCUGUAUAAAAUGUUUCGAAACUAUAUUGUAGAGCUCUUCUAAAAUACUU